AAGAAAGUAGUUAGUGUACAGAUCUGCUUCGAUGUUAACCACACAAUGAUUGUUAUUUCGACUAAAAGCAACUUUCCGGUUGAAAGUGUGCCCCUGCCUUAAGUACAUGUAUACAUACGACCGUACAGUGUAUAUCUUUAAGUACAUGCCAUAAUUGAGUUUUAGAUCAAUUAAUAUAUAGCGUACAGUGUAUUUUCUGGUCAUCAUGGUGUAGUGUUUGUGGACUAAAGCAAAAUGGAGAGAGUGAUGCCAGUUGACUUUGCAACGCUGAUUUCAUGGAGAGGGCUUUCUGUUUGGAUGGUGAUAAUGCGGGUAUUGUUGCUUGCGCUAGUACGAAGAAGCGCGUGUUACAACGUUGAUACAGAACAACCGUUGAUUUUUGUUGGAAAAUCUGAAUCUUAUUUUGGAACAACGGCUGAAAUUGUUAUAGAUUCUCAAAAAUGGAUCCUCGUUGGUGCAACAAAAGACAAUUUCACAGACAAACCGGAAAUUCCAUUUCCUGGAAACGUUUAUGCAUGCCCAGUUGAUUUUCUAAACUCCAACUCAAACUGCACAGUACUACCAAAUCUAAGAACAUCAGAAGCUUAUGCUAAUGUAUCAGAAGGUGUUUUUGAAGAAUCUGAUCAGAUGUUAGGAGCCAGCAUUAUUGUGCCAGAAAAUUCAGCAAAACCAAUUAAGAUUUGUGCUCCGAAAUGGAAGAAUUUGCGAUUCUUUAGACCGGAUGCUGAGGGAGACAAUACUUACCAGGUCACCGGAAAUUGUUUUGUUUUGAAUGACAGAUCGGAUCUUAUAAACACCGCCAAGACCCUAAGCUUCCGGAUCCCCAAGGAUGAUUUUGAUUAUUACAAAGCGCCUCUAAUAGGGUUUUCUAUUGCCGAUACAAAGAUACGCGUUUUUGACACCCUUUAUGGUGCCCCUAAUAUUGGAAGGGGUUCAACAGGGGGUCUAUUGGCAAAGAAUGAUGGUAAUGUAAGAAACGCAAAAAGUAUGAAAUUAGAAGUGGAAAGGUCAAAGGUUGUACAGGACACUUAUUUAACUGGAUCACUAUUUGGAUACAGUAUUGCACCGGGUAAUUUAGGAGGGGUUACCCAAGACAAAAUUAAUUUCCAUUUCGUUGUCGGCGCUCCGGGAUUUAGUAACAAGAAUGGAGUUAUUGGGGCUUUUUCAGUUUUGCAAUUCGGAACUGCCUUUCAACAAGUCAAGCAGAUUGAAGGAAUGCAGGUUGGAGGUGGAUUUGGUCAAACACUGUGUAUUGCUGAUGUGAAUGGCGAUAAAAACGAUGAGAUCCUGGUCGCGGCACCAAAUUGGUUUUCUAUGGGUGACCAGGGAAAUCAAGUGAUUUAUGACGUCGGAGUAGUUUAUGUAUAUUAUGGCACUGGAUCAGCAUCGAUAAUUGAUGACACAGCACAAGAGAUUCGCGGCUCUCUUGUACGAUUCUCGAGAUUCGGAACGGCAAUUUCUAACAUUGGUGAUAUAAACAAAGAUGGAUAUAAUGAUAUAGCAAUAGGAGCUCCGUUUGAGAACAAAGAGGGGGCUGUGUAUAUCUUCAAUGGAGGGAAGACAAGAUUAGAAGACAUGUACUCACAGAAAAUAAUAGGAUCCCGUGUAAAGACAGGACUUCAGGGAUUUGGAUGGUAUAUAUCAAGAACAGCAAGGGAUUUAGAUGACAAUUUGCAUAAUGAUUUCGUUGUGGGUGCCUACAGAUCAGACACCGCUGUGUUGCUAAGGACCAGAAAUAUCAUUGAUGUCAACUGUGAAAUAUCAUACACACCAGAUCCCAUUCCACUGAACUCGAGUGGAACUUUCUGCAAUGUUGAUUUCAAUCCAUGUUUCAAUGUCUCACUUUGCUUCAAUUUCACUGGGGAAGGAAUUAAUAAAACAAACAUUGAUUUUUCCAUAACCAUUGAUGCCAAUGAGACGAGGAAAAGGGCAGCAAUGACAAAUGGGAGUCACAGAUUUGAGGAACUAACUGUCCGUGACUUCACCAUCUUUUCCUUCAAAUCAAGUUGCUAUUCCUUUGAACUUACAGUAGAGAAUAUUGAUAGAAGGUUUUUUCAAGUCAUUGAAAGGCCAAUUUCUCUAAGAGGAGAUUAUAAUAUAAGCAACAUCCCUGUGGAUCCUGGAACUGUUAAAGCCAUUCUGAGAAGGGGUAUUUCUGCAUCUUUCUUUGGUCAGGUUGUCCCCAGAAAAGCUUUAAAUUGGUCAGAUUAUGUUCAUGUUCAUGUAGGUUGUCCCCAGAUAAGCUUUAGAUGGUUCAGAUUAUGUCUGACAUGUUCAGGAAAUGACGCAAUCCACACCUUAACAAAGGAUAAAAACCAAGAACUCCGAGUUGAUCUCCAGAGUUUUAGUGGAGAACAGGCCUAUGCUGUGUAUUCCACAUUUUACAUCGGAGAUGAAAACAAUAAAUAUAUACUUACUGUGUCUGGAUACAGCGGAACAGCAGGUGACAGUUUGACUUGGCACAGUGGUUCGAGAUUCAGUACCAAGGACCAAGACAAUGACUACAAAACUGAUGGUAGCUGUGCUGUAAUGCGGCAUGGAGCCUGGUGGUACAGCAACUGUCUGAAGUCAAAUCUUAAUGGAGAGUACGCCAUGUCAGUUGCGUUCGCUUGGAAUUACCCGGUAUGGGAGCACUGGAGGGGAUCUGAAGCAAUGAAAAAGACUGUAAUGAUGAUUAGAAACAAAAUCUAGAGUUAAUAUAUCUCGUUAAUCCUGAAA